CCUAUAAAAUAUCAUCCACAGAACUCUCCCUCUCAGUUGCGGAGAAAGACAGAGAGAGGGUUUUGUAUAGUUCUAAAACCCUCUCUUUCUCACAAUUUCUCUCUUUGAUCAUGCUUCUCAGAAGUGCGUCCACUCCAAUUCUCAAUUCAUGGAAACCCCAGUUGAAAGAAACUUCGCCGGAGGCUGAAAUUGUCCUCCAAUUCCCUAAAUCGCGACCCGUCUCACUCUGUGCUUCUUCGAAAUCAUCGCCGCCGCAUCCGAUGAUCGGUGGUUCGGGAAAUCACAAGAUGAUGCGGAUUCGUUCAGAAUCCGAUCUGAGUAACCUUCCGGUGGAGAAGAAUACUCCGUCGAUGGAAUUGCUUCGGCGGUUUCACGAAAUUGAGGAGAGGGAAGAAGCUGUGGAGAGUACGAGAAUGGCGUUUUUGGAUGGGGGAUUGUGCUGUAGUGUGGACGAAGGCGGAGUGGGCGGUGUUGGUUGUGGUGGCGGUGGUUCGGAUGGUGGAGGUGAUGGUUGCUCUGGUUCUUGGGAUUCAAAUCAUGAGAACGACAGGACCGAUUUGUAUUAUCAGAAAAUGAUAGAGGCGAACCCUGAGAAUUCGUUAUUACUAAGCAAUUAUGCUCUGUUCUUGAAGGAGGUUUGUGGAGACCUGAUAAAAGCUGAGGAGUAUUGUGGAAAAGCAAUCUUGGCAAAUCCGAACGAUGGAGAUGUGUUAUCCAUGUAUGCCGAUUUGAUAUGGGAGAAUCAUAAGGAUGCCUCCCGAGCAGAGAGUUACUAUGAUCAAGCUACCAAAGCUUCCCCUGAUAAUUGUUACGUUUUAGCAUCCUAUGCACGGUUCCUUUGGGAUGCCGAAGAAGAGGAAGAUGAGGACAAUGAAGAAGUAGAAGAUAGAGUAGACAGCUUUGGCAAGCCAAGUUCACCUCCUUUUGUUUUUGGAGUUCAGCCUCAACUCCUUCCUUUAGCUGCUGCUUCUUAGUCUCUCUCAUCUACAGUACAUAGAUCUUAUUACUUAGUUUUUGUUUGGCCAUGAAAGCAUGAUUAGUUAGUUUGUUUACAGAAAGCUCUAAUGAUUUUCUUUUUCCCUCACCAUCUGGAUCCUCAAAAUUCACUUUGUAUAGACAGAUGAAAGAAAUUUCUAUUUGGAGGUGUAUCCCAAUUUGCAACGAA